GCGCCGCUGGGCGCCUAAAGGGAAGGACCGGCGCGUCUCCGCCCCGCCUCGUCCCGCGGGCCCGCUCGGCUCAGCUCGGCUCCCCGGCGGUUUUGAUGGACAUCUGGCUUUAUUCUUGCAAUGAAGAAAGGUUCUCAGCAAAAAUUUUCCAAAGCAAAGAUGCCACCAUCAUCUCACUCUCCUAGUCCAUCAUCUCUUAUGUCCAAUAUGAGAUCUAGGUCACUGUCUCCUUUAAGUGGAUCCGAGAUUCUGCCUUUUCAUUCUGGAGGACAGUGGAGUGAGCAAGAUGAGAUUACACAUGAAAAUACUAUGCUUUUGGACUACCAAGACCAGAAAGAAGCUGAUUCACAUGCAGGAGUUCGAUAUAUUACAGAGGCCCUUAUUAAAAAACUUACUAAACAGGACAAUUUGGCCUUGGUAAAAUCUCUGAACCUUUCACUUUCUAAAGAUGGUGGCAAGAAAUUUAGGUAUAUGGAAAAUUUGGAAAAAUGUAUUAAACUUGAAGUACUGAAUCUCAGCUAUAAUCUAAUAGGGAAGAUUGAGAAGGUGGACAAGCUGUUAAAAUUACGUGAACUCAACUUAUCAUAUAACAAAAUCUGCAAAAUUGAAGGCAUAGAAAAUAUGAUUAAUCUGCAAAAGCUAAACCUUGCAGGAAAUGAAAUUGAACAUAUUCCAGUAUGGUUAGGGAAGAAGUUAAAAUCUUUGCGAGUCCUCAAUCUGAAAAGCAACAAGAUAUCAUCGCUCCAAGAUGUAAGCAAGUUGAAACCGCUUCAAGAUUUGACUUCUCUGAUCCUAGCUGAAAAUCCAGUUGUGACCCUUCCUCAUUACCUCCAGUUUACCAUUUUUCACCUCCGAUCACUGGAAAGUUUGGAAGGUCAGCCAGUAACCACUCAGGACAGACAGGAAGCUUUUGAGAGAUUCAGUUUAGAGGAGGUAGAAAGACUGGAAAGAGACCUGGAAAAGAAAAUAAUGGAAACUGAAGAGCUUAAGAGCAAACAAACAAAGUUCCUUGAGGAAAUUAAAAAUCAAGAUAAAUUGAACAAAUCAUUAAAAGAGGAGGCCAUGUUACAAAAACAGAGCUGUGAGGAGCUAGAGAGUAACCUAAACACAAAAAAUGAAUUGUUAAAACAGAAGACCAUGGAGCUAACACGAGCAUGUCAGAAACAGUAUGAGCUGGAACAGGAAUUGGCCUUUUAUAAAAUUGAUGCUAAAUUUGAGCCACUAAAUUAUUAUCCAUCAGAGUAUGUUGAAAUUGAUAAAGCCCCAGAUGAAAGCCCUUACAUUGGCAAAUCCAGAUACAAGAGAAAUAUGUUCACCACAGAGAGUUACAUUAUCGAUAAUGCCCAGCCAAUAGAGAUCAGGAAGAUGGAGCCAGAUGAAGGGGAACAACUUAGAAGUCAGCAUGUGAACUUGAGAGCCCAUACGCCACUGGACAUACAACUGGAAGACAAAGAAAAAAAAAUAAGUGCAGCACAAAGUCGACUAUCAGAACUGCAUGAUGAAAUAGAAAAGGCAGAACAACAAAUUUUAAGAGCUACUGAAGAAUUUAAACAACUGGAAGACGCUAUACAACUUAAAAAAAUUUCAGAAGCAGAGAAAGAUCUUCUUUUCAAGCAGUUGAGUGGUAGGAUACAACUUCUAAAUAAAUUACGCCAAGAAGCUCUGGAUCUAGAAAUGCAGAUGGAAAAGCAAAGGCAAGAAAUUGCUGAAAAGCAGAAGGAGAUCAAGGACCUGCACAUGGCCGUAGAUAGCCUGGAGUCCAAAGACCCAGCACAUUGCCAUAUGAAGUCUCAGAAAAGGGGUAAAGAACAGCAGCUUGACGUUAUGAACAAACAGUACAAACAGCUUGAAAGCCGUUUGGAUGAGAUACUCUCUAGAAUUGCUAAAGAAACCGAAGAGAUUAAGGACCUUGAACAACAGCUUACUGAAGGCCAGAUAGCAACAAAUGAAGCCCUGAAGAAGGAUUUAGAAGGUGUCAUCAGUGGGUUGCAGGAAUACCUGGGGUCAAUCAAAGGCCAGGCAACUCAGGCCCAGAAUGAAUGCAGAAAGCUCCAGGAUGAGAAAGAGACAUUGCUGCAGAGAUUGACCAAGGUCGAGCAGGAGAGGGACCAACUGGAAAUAGUUGCUAUAGAUGCAGAAAAUAUGAGGAAGGAUCUUGCAGAACUUGAGACUGCCCUCCAGGAGCAGCAUGAGGUGAAUGCAUCCCUGCAGCAGACCCAGGGAGAUCUCAGUGCCUAUGAGGCUGAGCUAGAGGCUCAGCUGAAGAUACGGGAUGCUGAAGCCAACCAGCUCAAGGGAGACUUGGAAAAACUAACAAGGCUCAGCCAGUUAGAACAAUCAGCCCUUCAAGCAAAACUUGAGAAGGAAAAGCAAGCCCUCAAGAAUGCCCUUGGAAAAGCCCAACUCGCAGAAGAAAAGGAACAAGAAAAUAGUGAGCUCCACAUGCAACUUAAACAGCUGCAGGAUGACAAUAACCUGUUAAAACAGCAACUUAAAGAUUUCCAGAAUCACCUUAACCAUGUGGUUGAUGGUUUGAUUCGUCCAGAAGAAGUGGCAGCUCGUGUGGAUGAGCUAAGGAGAAAACUGAAAUCAGGAGCUGGGGAAAUGAGAACCCAUAGUCCUUCAGAUGUCUUAGGGAAAAGCCUUGCUGAUUUGCAGAGACAAUUCAGUGAAAUUCUUGCACGCUCCCAAUGGGAAAGAGAGGAAGCACAAGUGAGAGAGAGAAAACUCCAGGAAGAAAUGACUCUGCAACAAGAGAAACUGGCCACGGGACAAGAGGAGUUCCGGCAGGCCUGUGAGAGAGCCCUUGAAGCACGAAUUAAUUUUGACAAGAGGCAACAUGAAGCAAGAAUCCAGCAGUUGGAGAAUGAAAUUCACUAUUUGCAAGAAAAUCUAAAAAGUAUGGAGGAAAUUCAAGGCCUUACAGAUCUCCAACUUCAGGAAGCUGAUGAAGAGAAGGAGAGAAUUCUGGCCCAACUCCAAGAGUUAGAGAGAAAGAAGAAACUUGAAGAUGCCAAAUCUCAGGAGCAGUUUCUUGGUUUAGAUAAAGAAUUGAAGAAACUAAAGAAAGCUGUGGCCGCCUCUGAUAAACUAGCCACAGCUGAGCUCACCAUUGCCAAAGACCAGCUGAAGUCCCUUCAUGGAACUGUUAUGAAAAUUAACCAGGAGCGAGCAGAGGAGUUGCAGGAAACGGAGAGGUUCAGCAAAAAGGCAGCGCAAGCGGCCAGAGAUCUGACCCGAGCAGAAGCCGAGAUCGAACUCCUGCAGAAUCUUCUUAGGGAUAAAGAGGAGCAGUUUCGAACGGAGAUGGAGAAAGUAGAUGUAGGCACUGGAGGAGCAAACUCACAGGCACUAGAAAUUGAGAAACUGAAUGAGACAAUGGAGAGACAAAGGACAGAGAUUGCAAGGCUGCGGAAUUUACUAGACCUCACUGGGGCUGAUAACAAAGGAGGCUUUGAAAAUGUUUUAGAAGAAAUUGCUGAACUCCGACGUGAAGUUUCUUAUCAGAAUGAUUACAUCAGCAGCGUGGCAGAUCCUUUCAAAAGACGAGGCUAUUGGUACUUUAUGCCACCACCAUCAUCAUCAAAAGUUUCCAGCCACAGUUCCCAAGCCACCAAGGACUCUGGCAUUGGCCUAAAGUACACAGCCUCAACUCCUGUUAGAAAACCACGACCUGAAUGUCAGGAUGAGAAGGAAGUCCGUGGGCCUCCACCUGCCUCAGGGUACUGGGUUUAUUCUCCCAUCAGGAGUGGCUUACGUAAAUCGUUUUCAAAUAGAGAUGCAGACAGUGGAGGAGAUAGCCAGGAAGAAAGCGAGCUGGAUGACCAAGAGGACCGCCCGUUUGUGCCUCCUCCUGGAUACAUGAUGUAUACUGUGUUUCCCGAUGGUUCUCCUGUACCCCAGGGCAUGGCCCUGUAUGCACCACCUCCUCCCUUGCCCAACAACAGCGGCCCUCUCAUCCCAGGCACUGUUGUUUAUGGCCCACCUCCUGCUGGGGCCCCCAUCGUGUAUGGGCCUCCACCCCCGAACUUCUCCGUCCCUCUCAUCCCUGUGGGCGUGCUGCAUUGCAACGUCCCGGAACACCAUAACUUAGAGAAUGACGUUUCUAGAUUGGAAGACAUAAUGCAGCAUUUAAAAUCAAAGAAACAGGAACGGAGGAUGAAAGUAUCCAAGCAGCCGUCUGGGAGAGAAAUGGAAGAGCUGCAUCAUAGUAUUGAUGGCCUUUUGCAAGAGAAGAAAGACUUAGAGCAUGAAGUAGAAGAAUUACAUAGAAACAUCCAGAAACAUCAACAGCGAAAAGACUUCAUUGAUGGAAAUGUUGAGAGUCUUGUGAAUGAACUAGAAAUAGAAAGAUCACUCAAACACCAUGAAGAUAUUGUAGAUGAAAUUGAAUGCAUUGAGAAGACCCUUCUGAAACGUCGAGCGGAGCUCAGGGAAGCUGACCGACUGCUGGCGGAGGCUGAGAGUGAACUUGCAUGCACGAAAGAGAAAACAAAAACUGCUGUUGAAAAGUUCGCUGACGUCAAGAGAAGUUUAUUACAAACUGAGAAAGAUGCUGAAGAGUUAGAAAGGCGAGCUCAGGAGACUGCUGUUAACCUUGUCAAAGCUGGCCAGCAGCUCAGAUUGCUCCAGGCUGACGCAAAGGAUUUGCAGCAGCACAAAAUCAACCAAGAAGAAAUCUUGAAAGAAAUAAACAAAAUUGUUGCAGCAAAAGACUCAGACUUCCAGUGUCUAAACAAGAAGAAGGAAAAACUUACGGAAGAGCUGCAGAAACUGCAGAAAGACAUCGAGACCGCAGAACGCAGUGAGGAUCACCAUCUGCAGGUCCUUAAAGAGUCGGAGACCCUCUUGCAGGCCAAGAGAGCAGAGCUGGAAAAGCUGAAAAGCCAGGUGACAGGUCAGCAGCAGGAGAUGGCCGUCUUGGACAGGCAGUUAGGGCAUAAAAAAGAGGAGCUGCGUCUACUCCAGGGAAGCAUGGUCCAGGCCAAAGCUGAUCUCCACGAAGCGCUGAGACUGGGAGAAACGGAAGUGACUGAGAAGUGCAAUCACAUCAGGGAAGUAAAAUCUCUUCUGGAAGAACUGAGUUUUCAGAAAGGAGAACUGAAUGUCCAGAUUAGUGAAAAAAAAACUCAGCUUACAUGUAUAAAGCAGGAAAUUGAAAAAGAGGAAGAAAAUCUUCAGGUGGUUUUAGGGCAAAUGUCUAAACAUAAAACUGAACUAAAGAAUAUUCUGGACAUGUUGCAACUUGAAAACAGUGAGCUACAAGGUUUGAAGCUACAACAUGACCAAAAGUUGUCUGAGUUAGAGAAGACUCAGGUGGAAGUGCUAGAGGAGAAACUGGAAUUAGAGAAUUUGCAGCAGGCAGCCCUGCGACAGAGAGGGGAGAUAGAGUGGCAGAAGCAGCUCCUCGAGAGGGACAAACGAGAAAUAGAGCGAAUAACUGCUGAGACCCGAGCCUUACAAUCGUGUGUUGAGUCUUUGUGCAAAAAAAAGGAUGAUCUCGAAGAGAAAUGUGACAGCUGGGAAAAGAAGUUGGCACAAACCAAACGGGUUUUAGCGGCUACAGAAGAGAAUAGCAAAAUGGAGCAAUCAAAUUUAGGCAAGUUGGAAUUGGAAGUCAGAAAACUGCAGCAGGACCUAGACCGACUAAACAGAGACAAACUCUCACUGCAUAAAGACAUCACAGCGAUGCAGCAACAGCUACAAGAAAAACGAGAAGCAGUAAACUCACUACAGGAGGAACUAGCUGAUGUUCAAGACCAUUUGAACCUAGCCAAACAGGACCUCCUCCACACCACCAAGCAUAAGGAUGUGCUACUCAGCGAGCAGACCAGGCUCCAGAAGGACGUCAGUGAAUGGAUAAAGAAGUGUGAAGACUGCCAGAAAGAAGGGGAGACUAAACAGCAACAACUUCAAGUGCUUCACAAUGAGAUUGAAGAAAACAAGGCCAAACUAGCCCAACAAGAAGUGAUGUUUCAGAGACUCCAGAAAGAGAGAGAAAGUGAAGAAAAAAAAUUAGAAGCCAAUAAAGUGACACUGACGGAGCAGCAGCACCAGCUGGAAAAGGAAUUAACGGACCAGAAAAGCCACCUGGACCAGGUGCUCACAAAGGUGUUGGUGGCUGAAGAGCGUGUCAGGACUCUGCAGGAAGAGGAAAGGUGGGGUGAGGCCCUGGAGAAGACGCUCUCCCAAACCAAACGACAGCUUUCAGAACGGGAGCAGCAAUUAAUGGAAAAGUCAAGUGAGCUGCUGGCUCUCCAGAAAGAGAUGGACUCCAUGAGGGCAGACUUCAGCCUCUUGCGGAACCAGUUCUUGACAGAAAGAAACAAAGCCGAGAAGCAGGUUGCCAGCCUGAAGGAAGCGCUUAAGAUCCAGCGGAGCCAGCUGGAGCAAAACCUGCUUGAGCAAAAGCAGGAGAACAGCUGCAUGCAGAAGGAGAUGGCAACAAUUGAACAGGUGGCCCAGGACAACCACGAGCGGGCCAGGCGCCUGAUGAAGGAGCUCAAUCAGAUGCAGCAUGAGUACACGGAGCUCAAGCAACAGAUGGCAAACCAAAAAGAUCUGGAGAGAAGACAAACGGAAAUCAGUAAAGCAAUGAGGACACUUAAGUCCGAGGUGAAAGAUGAAAUUAGAACCAGCCUGAAGAAUCUCAACCAGUUUCUUCCAGAACUACCAGCCGAUCUGGAAGCUAUUUUGGAAAGAAACGAAAACCUAGAAGGAGGGUUGGAAAGCUUGAAAGAGAACCUUCCAUUCACCAUGAGUGAGAGACCAUCACCUUUUGAAGAAAAACUGAAUUUUUCCCAGGUUCACAUAAUGGAUGAACACUGGCGUGGAGAAGCACUCCGAGAGAAACUGCGUCACCGUGAAGAUCGACUCAAGGCCCAACUUCGACACUGUAUGUCCAAGCAAGCAGAGGUGUUAAUUAAAGGGAAGAGGCAGACAGAGGGCACUUUACACAGCUUGAGGAGACAAGUCGAUGCUUUAGGGGAAUUGGUCACCAGCACCUCUGUAGAUUCCACGUCGUCACCCAGUCUGUCUCAGCUGGAGUCUUCCCUUGCAGAGGACUCUCACCUUGGACCAAGCCAGAGCUCCUUCCAGCAAGUUCUGCAAGGUCCGUUACAAUCACAAGACAGUUACCAACACUGAUGCCUUUCCCAGCUUCCUGCUCAUAGGGAAAAGAAUGGCUCUGCCAGAUGAGGAAUACUGUCUUGCAUAAAUAUAUCAGAGGAAAUACCUUCUCCACUACCUCACUAACUUCGUAAUUGGAAUGCCACUUGGUUUUUAUCAAGAUCCAGUGAAUUCAGAUGCUGAAACUCCACUGUAGUCUAUUUCACUUGUACCAUUAAUGCCAGGGAUUUUGUAAAUCACUUGUACAUAUGGAAAUAGUUGUAUACAAUUUAAACCAGGGUCCUAGAUGGCUGGGAGGUUUUUUUUUUAAAUCUCUGAAAUGUGUUGUUAUAAAACCAAUGCUGAUUUUAAUUGCAAAUUUGAAUCUAUAAACUAGUAAAAUCUAUAGUUACAAAGGAAAAAACUGUACUUAAGCCCCUCUUCAUUUACGUGUCAAGAGUUAUUUGUGGAUUUUGCUUAAAAUCUAUU